ACAGUUCGUGUGGGAAGCAACAAAUGGUAUGUUUUGCAUUUCUUUUUUUAAAGCUGAUACACCGUGAUCGCAAAAUAAAGUAAUGUAUAGAAUAAUUAUCAUUUAUUGUGCUAUUAUCGGUUUUCGCUCUGCCAACCGACACAAAUAUGAAUGGGAUUAGAGAAUUUGUUCUAUAAAUUUUACGAGCGAUAAUUUAUACAUGUGUCCAGUCCUAUAUCCAAUGCGUGAUAUGUUUUUUAUUAUCAAAGAGUACUCACUCUGGCCAUUUUCCUCCUUUGCUUUGACUGGGGUGGUGGGGUGGUCUCAUCAGAGCCAGUCAUCGUCCUCUUUCUUGAUAUCUCGGGACAUUUAGGUGGCUGCGCGUGUAGGUGUGCACCGCAUCUGCUUUCGGCAGCAAUUUCUGAGCAAAACCUGAUUUAAUUUGUCCAUAGUUCGUAUAGCUUUCAGGAGUAAAAUGCGCACCACACAAAACCGUGCCGGAGGCUUUCGUCUGCAAAAUUAGCCCUCUUAGCACUGACGAACUUUACUCAUUGUCUGCGUAGUCCAGCUCUUUUUCUCGCGUUCGGGAACUCAUGGGUACUACAUUGCGACAGAUGGCUAUUUGUACACCACAUAGCAUGACAGGUUUGAGCGAUUUUUUGAUGAAACACGAACGCAACUCUCUCGUCGAUAAACAACGAUGGCACCUGCCUCGACCUAUUGUUUCCUUGUUAUGACGUCUCCGCCCCAUUCGGCUGUUUCCGGAAUACUUUCGGAAAUGUUCGUAGUUUUCGAUCUAUUUUCGAUAAUUGCUCAUGAAUGUGAUUUAUUUUUUUGUUAACUUUAUUAAUAUUUGUUAUCUUGCCACAUAACGGUUCUAUUGAUAUCUCACAGCCCCUUAGUGUUUUAAUACCCUUUAAAUGAGCAAGGAGUUGCCUCAAAUUCAACAGAAAGUGCCCUUAAGUGCCACAAAAUUAACAUGGAAUAUCUCCAAAUUCAUCUGGAAAGGAAGUGCCCAAAAGGAACAAGUAGUGCCCUAAAAUAAACAGUAGCUCCAAAAUAGUGACGUGUCGGUCACGAACGAGCCGGUACAAAGAAGUGAACGAUGAGAGCCGGCACCCUUCCUCGAGACCCGGCUCGGUCAUUUUCCCUUCUCUCUCUCUCUCUCUCUCUCUCUCUAUCCAUCUAGGAAAGGACGACACACGAACCUGCUUUGUAGGCCUUUAACAUAAGCAGAAAACGCAGUAACAUUUGGAGACAUUUUAAUUGGUUAAAGUCACAUGACAAUAGGGCAGAAUGCUGUGUCUGCAAACUUAACCCCUUAUAGCCUAAUGUAUCACACUUAGAUUUUCAUUAAUUUGAGACUAAUUUAGAAAUUUAUUUUUUAUUUUUUUUAAAUGAAGGAUGCAAGUCAACACAUGCAUCUGCAGGUUCCAUGAGAAAAAAAAAUCUGGAUUUAGCUAAAAGACUGGACAAAUAAUUAAUGAGAGAAGGAGCCGGAUCAGCCUGUCCAAGUUGAAGUAUUUAGUUUUCUUGAAUGCAAAUUUAAAAUAAAGCAAGGAGUAGCUUAGAUUUGUUAAAAUAAAGCAAGGAGUAGCUUAUGUUUGUUUUGUUCGUUGCUGCUGUUACAGUUACUACUCACUAUUUUUGUUAUGAUGCAGCAUGUUUGAUUGUUGUUGCUUGAAGUUUAAUUUUGUUGCUUGUUUAUUGUUUAGAGCCUUUUUAAUGUUCAACAAAAUAAGUAAAAAAAGAUUUUCUUUGCUUGAUAAUUGUUGCUAUUUGCAGUCAGUAGAUGGCAAUAUUUAGUUCACCAAGUCAUUUAUCAAAAUAUAUGCUAAAUUUGUCAUAAAUAUUUAAAAGAAAAGCUAAAGUUAAAAGAGCCGUUUGAGAGCCAAAAAGAGCCGGCUCUUUUCACUGAGCCGAUCCAAAUGAACCGGAUCACCGAAGAGAGCCGAAAAUCCCAUCACUACUCCAAAAUCAACAGGAAGUGUCCCAAAAUGAACAGAACGUAGCUCCAAAUUCAGCAACUACCCAAAAAUCAAAUGCACACAAAUUCACUCGAAAGUUUCCCUAAAUUAACAGGAAGUGCCCACAAAAUCGCAAAAAAAAAAGAACCGUAAGUGGCUCAUAUCGGACUUAGGUUGCAAGCUGAAUCCUGUGGGAAUUUUUUGUUGAAAGGUCAAAGGUCACAGUCUGGUCUUGGUCUCAGACAUGUUUUAGUCUCGACUAAUGUGAUCUUUAGCUCAUCUCUAUUAUUUACCUAUUGAAAUCGAAACAUUUUUUUUUUUUGUGGAAAGCCCAUAUCCUGACUGCAUCAAAAUGUUCAACGCAAAGGGACUGGUCGCCCAAAGGUCAGUUGGAGUAAUUCGGAGCCUACCCAAGCUUUGCGGAUGAGAGUAAAAGUCACACAAAAGAUGGACUCACCCCAUCAGAAAAGCUGUGCUGGCAAAGAUGAAGAGCGGGCGCGUCGGAUGCGAGAUGAAGGCAAAUGGCAGCGUUGUGACCUGCCCUCGAUACGUGAGGAGCACUUUUGAGGAGAGCUGUGACGUGAUUGGACGCCACGUGGUGUGAUGUCAGCGCCCCGUCGGAUGAAUCGAUUCAUUCAUUGGAGCAGCCCUCCACACCGUUGACGCCCACCAUCGUCCCCGAGCAGACAUCCGGCGGCGUGAGUCUCAAAUGCAGCUUCUCCAGCGACUCGGACGGUUCCCUGGGUCAUGUGGUAGCCUGGACCCGAGCCUCCCCUCGAGGGGAGCGGGAGGAACUCAAGCGCGAGACCACCGUCCGGACCUGGGCCCUCAUGGAGUUGGAUGGCUUUAACCUCCGACUGGGAGACCGGAUUUACUGCUCUGUCUACAGCUUCUUUUUGGACGCAUUGGAUGUCCGUAGUGCUUCUGUGGAAAGUCGGGAGUUCUUUGCUGGCAUUCGGCUGAAACCCGAGUUGAGCGUCAUAUCCGAUGACAGGAGGCUGUACGAGUUGACGAUCGAGACCACCAUUCCCGUCCCGUGUCUGAGAGAAACGAUGCCAUUAGCCUCGCCUGGUUCGGAAAAUUGCACCAUACCUUUGACCCUCAGCACUCACAGCCAAGGUGAGGCAUCGCCGGGUUCUGUUUCGCUGUCCUCGUAUUUGGUGGAUCUCUCCGGGGGUUCUUGCGGGGACGAAGUAUGCGGCCGGGCCUUGGUCUAUUUUAGUGCCGUCUCUGACUUUGCCGGAGACCGGGAUCGGGCAACUGAUAUAUCCGUCCAGCCACUCGUCAAUAGCAACUUUGUAUGGAAUGCUUACGCGCCGGAACCUGUUCAGGUGUGGGUGCGUCUCUGCAUGUGCGCCAAUGGCGGGCAAUGCGUGAGUGACGCGAAGGGGCCUGCCGGCAACGGCGAGUACGCGUGCGUAUGCCCGGAUGGGUUCAAAGGUCAACGAUGCGAGGUGGACGUGGACGACUGCAAGCCCAAUCCGUGUAGGCUCGGGCGCUGCGUAGAUGCGGCCAAUGCCUUCACCUGUAUUUGUCCGCCAGGGAUGACAGGGGUGACGUGUCGCGAGGAUGUGGACGAGUGCGCGUCGCAUCCGUGCUUCGCUGGCGUAGACUGCACCAACUCGCUGGGUUCCUUCUCUUGUGACGCCUGCCCGCCCGGAUUCGCCGGUAAUGGCGUUGUCUGCACUCCCGCCCGAGCAACAGCGGCCAUGGAGAGAGUGGCGCGGCUCCCCUCCAGGACCCGAGCCCCCCUGACCCCCCCGGCUUUGCCGUGCUCCCCUAGUCCAUGCUACCCCGGUGUUCGCUGCUUCCCGAGCCCGCACGUGGCGGCGGGUUUUGUCUGCGGAGCCUGCCCGCCAGGUGUCCACGUCAAUGGGACCGCUUGCACGCAUAUGGACGUGGCCAGCACCAACAGCCAACCUGAUUACAGCUGGGAAAUGACGCCGACCAACUUCCCCUCAUCUUCAUCAUCAUCAUCAUUAUCAUCAUCCUCCUUCGCACAGAAACGGCACCCCGAAAGAAGCAAGAAACCAGGGCACUGCCCGAUCGGGUACGCGAGCGACGGAGUCGCAUGUAAAGCCGUGUGCAGGUUUCUGUGCGGUAGGAACAUGGAGUGCACGCAGCCCAACACCUGUACAUGCAAGCAGGGAUAUACUGGAUACAACUGUCAUAUAGCCGUGUGCCGUCCAGACUGCAAAAACCAGGGCAAAUGCGUGCGCCCCAACGUGUGCGAGUGCACCCUAGGCUACAGUGGACCCACCUGCCAAGAAGCGAGCUGUGAGCCGCUAUGUCAGCAUGGAGGAACGUGUCUGGCCAGGAAUCUUUGCACCUGCCCGUAUGGCUACGUGGGACCCAGAUGCCAAAUCAUGGUGUGUAAUAGGCACUGCGAAAACGGAGGCGAGUGCGUUUCUCCGGACGUAUGUGAAUGCAAACCAGGCUGGAACGGUCCAACGUGCAACUCUGCUGAGUGCAGUCCGGUGUGUCUGAACGGCGGAACGUGCGUCAAGCCAAACACGUGCGCAUGUCCUGCUGGAUUCUAUGGCUCGCAGUGUCAAAUUGCUGUGUGCAGCCCGCCUUGCAAGAAUGGCGGUCAAUGCAUGAGAAACAACGUCUGUUCGUGUCCUGAAGGCUAUAUGGGGAAACGGUGUCAAACAAGCGUGUGUGAGCCCACAUGUAUGAACAAUGGCAAAUGCGUGGGGGCCAACACGUGCUCAUGUGCGUCUGGAUGGAGAGGAAACAGAUGCCACAUACCUGUGUGUCUGCAAAAAUGUAAAAAUGGCGGCGAGUGUGUGGGGCCCAACACGUGCCACUGUCCCACCGGCUGGGAGGGUCUUCACUGUCAGACACCGGUGUGCAGGCGUCGCUGCCUGAAUGGGGGGCGCUGCGUGCUGCCCGACUACUGUUACUGUCGGAGGGGCUUCAAGGGCCUCACCUGCGAUGUUCAGACUGCCUUUGUCCAUUGGGCCCGUUCAAGUAUCCCGCAAGAACACUAAUUCGCAGUCUGACACGCGCUGAGCAAGAAGAUCCGC